AUGGCCAGACCACAUAAAGAAUCGGCGUCCGAGUCGGAAUCGAACAAAUACUCCAACACUUCUUCGACGGGUACAGGGACGAAGUCAUCACAGAAGGCAAAGACACAAGCGGCCAUUCAAGCACAGCAGCUUUUCCUUUCUAAGCAUAUCAACUCUAAUGGACCCCAAGAUCAGCCUAAGAUACAUCCGUUGGACUUUGAAAAGUUUGAUGAAGAAACGCUUGUCAGAUACAACAAGAAAUAUAACUUAAAUUUGCCCAAUCCUGUGAGCAUCAACAAUGAUAUUUUGAAUAGUGAAAUCGGCAAAAAGACGUAUUCCAAACGUAACAAAAGUAGAGCCACAUUUGGCGGCAUCACCAAACCAGAGAUGGCCAAUCACUUGAAGACACAUUUUAUGAACUUGCCUACUAAGGAAAAUGAGAUUCUCACCAACUUCUUGUAUAAGGUGAAGCACCAGGACAACGACUUCAAGUUAACAUUCAAGUGA